AUUCAGAGAUGCCGAUACACAUACUAAUAUUUCCAAGAACACAUUUCCACCAAAUUACACUGUUGUACACCAGCAGUGACACGCAUGUGCAUGAUAACACGUAUCAUAGUUAAUACUAUCUUUUCAACAAAAAUUUGACUCAUGUUAACUAAAAUUACCAAAUUCAUCCCCAUCACCUUUUUUCUGUAACAUAACCAAACAACAUAAGGACAAAUUCAAGUCAAAUAUCAACUAUACCAGUUACGCUAAAGGUGGUAUGCAGUGGUGCCCCCUAUACUCACACUCAGUGGUCAUAGUGGUUGCUUAUCUCUGUGCUGUCCCCCCAGGUGAAGUGUUUGCUGUAGAAGACUAUAUGCCUCGCUCCCCAUUACUGGGAGGCGACCAGAGGGUCUACCUGCCAUAUUACCAGGGCGAUUCCAUGAGGGUGGAUGGACGAGAAGACACCAUCUUGGGAGACCAGACUUUCGCCUAUCUGCAGCAGGAUGACAUGCAUCAAGAGUCAGCUAUCAGACCUGUUAAGGUAAGUGCACUGUAUAGGACUCUUAUGCCAUGGCCCUUGAAGCAAAGGCACAUUUACACAUGCCCAGUGGAGCUAAUUGGGUACCAGGGUGGCACAAA